UUUGUCACCUUUCCAUAUUCUACCCUAAUUUUGGUCACACUUUCCUUCAUUAUUUUUAUUGUCCCACAGAAUCCUAUUCCAUUUAUGAAAUGUAGUUAUAUGUAAACAUUAUUACUUACUCCUCUCAAAAGAUACUGUUUACAAUCUCCUUGGAUUUUUUUUUCCUUCUUUUCUUUUCAGUUCUUUGUUGUUAUAACCACAGCUUUUGAAAUUAAGAAAGAAAAGAUAUAUAGGAAUUUUGGGAUAGAAGAGGAGAUGGGUAAAGGGAAGAUUGAAAUAAAAAAGAUAGAGAAUUUGAAUAGCAAGCAAGUAAUGUUCUCAAAACGGCGUAAUGGGUUGUUGAAGAAGGCUAAAGAGUUGUCCAUUUUAUGUGAUGCAGAGGUUGGAGUCAUUAUUUUCUCUAGCAUCGACAAGGUUUAUCAAUGGUCUAGCACCACGCGGCUUAAUGCUAAGGGGCUGGAUGGUCUGAGUUUUAAAGAACUGCAACAGCUGGAGCACCAAUUAAAUGAAGGGAUAUUAUCAGUUAAAGAACAAAAGGAGCAAAUUCUACUGGAGCAGCUUAAAAGAUCCAGGCUACAGGAGCAGAACACUAUUCUAGAGACUGAGACUCUACGUAACCAGGUUGAGGAACUGCAACAAAGAACAAGCUCAAAUUUACUUGAAUUCAAUCCACUACGAAUAAGAUUUUCCACCACUAGUUCAAAGGCUGAUGAUUAUGAUUGUGCAUCAGAGGGGGAGGAUGAUGACAAUGAUGAAAAUGAUCAUUCAGACACUUCCUUGCACUUAGGGUUGGCAUCAGACGUUGGCCGCAAGAGAAAAGUGGCAAAGGUUGAACCUAUCACCAAUGAUUCAGGGAGUCAAGUGGCCUCAGAGUGAUUUAUUUGCACCAACAAUCGGCAUAUUUAUCCCUUUGCACUGUCAAAACCUUCUAAUUUCAGUUUCUUCAAACUGUUAAUCAUCUCCUCAGGCAAUUAGAUAUAUAUCGGUGCUUUGAUAUCAUGGUUGCCAAAACUUUAGAUCACUCGACACAUUUAACAUUCAAAUUGCUCAUUGAACUAGUUAGAGGACUGUAUAGGAUGGUAGUACAGUUUGGAUAUUGUUUAGUGCUUUAUACAUUUUGGUAGUAUUUGGUAUCAUUUUCAAGAUCAUUGCAUUGAUCUCAUUACCAUGGUAAUAAGAUCACCAAGGUAAUUUGAUCACUAGUGAUCUUAGAUUAUCAUGUUUGAUAUAAUAUUAUAAAUUAUUAGUGUUUUUAAAUUAUUUUAUU